GUAUGUGUUCUUCACUAGUCAGCCCAACCAGCCAUACCUUAAUCAUCAUGUGUCCUUGAUACAUGCAUUUGAGUGUUUUAUUGUGUUCUAAAAUAAUAUGAAUUGAACUGAAUUGCCACUGCUGUGGAUGUCAUAAAAGCCUAGCUACAAUAAAGUAACUUUAAAAAAGUGUUGCAGACUACCUUAAGAAUUGUCCAACAAUGUGUGAUAAAUAAUGCAAUUUAAAAUAAGACUUCAAUUAAAAAAAAAUCACACUUUUCUGAAAUUAUUUUAUGUACUAUUGCUGCAAACGACACUUAAGUUUACUGUACUUGAAAUAUUAGAAAAAGCUAGAGAAUUAUUUGUCAGUUUUACUUUGCAUUUGACAUCACUCUAUAUAUAGUCAGUUUCACUUCUUUCCCUGUAUAAUCAGUAAGACUUGGUUUAUAGGGGUGUCUUACCCAUCCACAUGGUAGGCUAGAAAACACACUAAAGAUAAAUAUGAUUUGCAAAGCCACAAAAUUGGGAAGUCUUGGUGUAGGCCUACAGGCCUACAUUAGACCUAAGUAAACUAUGAUUUUAUAUUAUUUUGAUUUUAACCAAAGUGAUAAGUCUGAAGCAUGCAACCAGAAAAAAUGAGAGGGAUUGUUUAUCUUAAAAUUUGUAAUGGCCCUGGAAAUACCACUGUUACCUUAUUGAGGGUUUGAGCUAAGCAAUAGAAAUAAAGAAAACGUGGUUAAUUGAGCACCAGCUGCAGUAAAUAAUAAUUUACAAAUGCUUAGUCAAGUCUUGCAGCUAGGGAAAAAUAUGGCAUAGUGAGAUAAGAAAGUAUGGUGCAGCCCUGAACUGCUUCAGCUGAUUUUAGCUAAGGCCCAAUAAUUGGCAGUGAUAUCACUUGUUUGUUAUAGUGCAUAAAAAAUAUAAGGCUUUCUAGAGUUUUUGUCAGUUUUCUUUAGCCUUCUGGAGACAUGCCAUGAUGUGAGGAAGGUGUCUCCCGAGCCUGAACUUAUUUUAAGCAUGUUGGCCAAUGCUUAUAACUCUAUUAUUGUUAGGGCAUAGAAUGUAAGGAUAUAUUCUUAUAUUGCUAUUUUGGAUGUAACUUGCACCAAGUGGCCUUUGAACUAAUAAAGGAAUGCUUGUAUGGAAACUGAGUCAUGGCAAACCUUAAUACAAUUAUUAGGGAAAUUUCCAUAACUUGGCAAUUAUAGCAAUUGAAGCUAUUUAAAAUUAUUUUGUUGAAGUUGAGUAGAUUCUAAGUUGAUGCCUCUUUUAAAGGUCAUCUGCUAAGCGAGAAAAAGGGCAUGUGCAUAUUUUAUAUAUGUUGUAUAUGGAGGACUAGGAAAGUGUUUUAAAAGAAGAAAAAUCCUUCUUGUUUUUUUAACAUUAAAAACAACAAAAGACCUCUAUGCUGAAAGACCCUGACUGGGAAACUAGUGAAAUGGUGACCCCAUUAGAGCCAAAAUGGUGGAAGUUGAGCAAUUUGAAAAGGAAAAGGAUUUUUAUUCAGAGCGACUAAAACUAUUUAACACCUGAUAUUUUGGAUAAAUAUAUAAAGGAAGCCUUUAUUAAAGGUUAAAUAUCCUCACCUUUUCCAUUAAGGUGCUCAUUGAUGUGGCAAACACUAAUACCUUCCAAAUGAAUAUGGUGGUUGCUAAUUGCAGUACUAAGAUGAAGUCUUCCUUUUCCAGCUUCUAGGAGAUCGUCAAGAGUGGAUUUUUUUUGUCAUAUCCCUGGAUUUAAGUCUGGUUCAUAGUUCCAUUUUCUGCUCAGUCCCUAGGCCGGGGAUUCUCAAACUUCAUUGCACUGUGACCCCCAUUCUGACAACAAAAAUUACUACAUGACCCCAGGAGGGCAGACCGAAGCCUGAGCCCGCCUACACCCCACCGUCCUGGGUGAGGGGUCCAAAUCCGAGGCCCCAGGACUUCGGCCGCAGGCGGGGGGCUGUAGCCUGAGCCCCGCCAUCCAGGGCUGAAGCCUUGGGCCCCAGGCAGUGGGGCUCAGGCUUUGGCUUCAGCCCCGGGCCCCAGCAAGUCUAAUGCCAGUCCUGGCAACCCCAUUAAAACGGGGUCCUGAUGCACAGUUUGAGAACCACUGCCCUAUGCUCAUGUACUCACGAAAGAAUUAUUUUCAUUCUGGUAGCUCCAGUUUGGCCUUUGUUACCUUUUGGUUCCCAAAACUGUAAGUAAUAUUGUUUGUCCUUCCUCAGGUCAGGGGAGUGUUCCUUGUUUCAGGGAACAAUACUUCACUAGGAUUCCAGUUAUCUAUGUCUAAAAGGAUGGUUUUAUAUAUUAUGUAUGAGACGACAGGGGUUGAGUAAAUUGUAUUACUGGAUUUUUAACAUACUCCCCUGCUGUGUAUAGGAUGUUUUCAGAGUGAAAUAAAGAACAUGGGCUUAUUCACCUCUUAUGCACAAUUUGCACAAAUUCUUACUAAAUUACAGAGAAUUUAAGAUUUGAGUCUUUGUUCCCUUCACGUUCAGCUGGUUGUUACAGUGUGACACUUGAGACUGUUUUUCACUUUAGAGACUAACAGAUUUAUUCAGUGGAAUGCGUCCGAUGAAGUGAGCUGUAGCUCACGAAAGCUGAUCUUCAAAUAAAUUCGUUAAUCUCUAAGGUGCCACAAGUACUCCUUUUUCUUUAUGUGAAUACAGACUAACACAGCUGCUACUCUGAAACCUAUUUUUCGCUUGUGAGCCUUAUCUGAAGACUGAGUCCUGCUGCCUGCGGCUGAAGCAUAUAACUUAGCUUUGCAGGGCCCCCUGUGGCACGGGGCCCUGGGCAGUUACCCUGCUUGCCACCCCCUGCAUUUGUGACACCCCCCCAACACAUCUCUUGAUGACCCUCCACCCCAGGGGGCUGAACCCCUGAAGUUGAGAAACAUUGAUCUAGAUGAAUUGAGUAGCCCCGGAAGACCUCUGAGUAUUCCUGGCUGAGAAUCACUGCUCUAAACUACACUCUUCCUUUCCAUUUCAGGAUCUCAGUUUAAUUCCUAAUCCCAGAUGGUUUGUUUGUUUUUCAAAGAGGUGAAUAAGACCAUAUUCUUUAUUUCAUCCUGAGAUCAUUCUCUGCACAGCAGGGAGAGUACAUUAAAAAUGCAGUACUGCAAUUUACUCAAUCCUUGUCAUCUCAUAAGUAAUAUAUAAAACCAUUCUUUUAGACAUAGACAGCUGGGAUUCUGUCCCUAAAAAAUGGUGUCUUCAGCAGCUGUGUACCUUGCUAGUCAUGGAGUGAUAGGCAUAUCUUGUAGGAAUUGCUAUUCAGUUUUUCACCAAGUCAAAGUAGUAGUCAAAUCUUUUCUCAUCUUCCUAAGUUUGUCAGUACCUUUGAUUUUAAUUGAGAUCUCUUCCUACUCUGUACAAAUCCUAAAAAUGGCCAUAGUCCAAAAAAGUGCUUAAGUAUGUAUUUAGCUUUAAGCACAUGAGCAGUCUCAUUUAAGUCGGUGUAGUUACUUAUGUGCUUAAGUGCUUUUCUGGAUCAGAGAAAUUGUGAAAGGAGUAUUGGCUUGAGAAGAGGACUUUGCAGGUGUAUCUUAAAAAUAUACAAGUUAAGGAAAUCUGGUCAUCUGUUCUCUUUGUGGUCCUCUCAUUGGCUCAAAAAUAAUUUUAGGGAAGGCUGUAUGUGUAACCUUUGGUUCGGGUCAAAACAUAUUCUCCAAGGACAGUCUACUGCCUCAGUAGAGACCAGACACUCCCAACAAGAAUUUUAGAGGACAACAGUGUGGACAUAUUCUGUUGCAGCUUUUGGAGAUAGCAAUGGCAGUUUUCACACAUGGACAGUCCCACAGUUCUUUGGGAAAUGCUCUGAUAAUCCCAUGGUUUGUGUCUAUAAGAGUAUGAAAAAGGAGGAUAGCUUUUUUUUUUUUGUUAUUUAAGUGUCUGAAUAUUCCUGUUUGUUCCCUUUGGCUUUUCGUCUUGUUACUGAGUAAUUGUGGUAGUUACUGCUAGACUACUAUUCAUGCCAUGGUAACCAGCAGGACUGUUAUAUUUUCAAAAAUGAGAUUUGUUCCUGUCUUCCCGACCUUAUAGAGGAGGACUUGAAAACAAUCCUUCUGCAAAAAUACUCACCUAAAUACUCAUCUAAAUAAACCCUAAGUAGAGCACAGAAUUUCUCUUUUUGGAUAGAACAGUAAAUAUGAGUAUUUCAAAGACCUUUUAGCUCCAGUUAAUUUUUUGAAUGCUACAGGGUAAGAGUUUUCUAUUGAUGAUCAUGUAACUCAUUAACAUUGUGAUUUGAAUAUGUUUAUCAGUAUAUUUUCUAUUGGACAGUAUAGUUGGCAAAUUACCGUUUUUAGCAGCAAUUCAUCUGCCUCCCAUAUAUUUUGAAAUACUCAUACAUAGACACCUUAAUAUACCGAUAUCACAAUGUAGGAUUUGCAGUCUUAUGUUUUGAUUUGUCAAGCUCUUGAUAGGGUAUAAGAACAAAUAGCCAUUAAGAGAUCUGUUUCUCCAUUUAAAGCAAAGUUGGCCGUAUUCUGUGGCAAGAAAUUCCAAUUGAUCACCGAGUAAAUAACUGUGACUGAAGGGACUCAUCUGAUAGAUGUUACCCUGUUGAUGUUUUAGCCUACAGACUCAGGCUGCUGUCAGUACAUUCCUUAAAAUCUCCUUUUCUGAUCAUCUCCCUUUUUAUUUUUCCUUUCCUUUUAAAGGGUUGUGUUUCUUUUCACUCCCUCUUUAGUUUGCUAGUGUUUCCUUUUUGUCUAUCUGUCUCUCUAGGGGAAGGGUCUGGUGAAAUUACCAAGGAAGUACAUAGGAUGGUCCUUCCACUGGCUUCAGACCAUCUCUUACAAGAGAAAUGUUAGCUACAUAGAAGUCUAAGACUGAUUUUAUUUGUUCUACAUGUAAUAUGUAUGUUUUCUUUUUAACCAAGGCAAGCAUACUGCAGUUUGGCACAGGGGGGAAGUAUUAUGAGACAUAGCCAUAGUGAAAUUCCAUAGAAUUUUUUCUUUCCCUAUUCUACUCUUCAUGCACACACUGCUAUGCCCUAUUUUAUCUUUUUUAAUAUCUCAUCUCAGAAAUGGGGUCUAUUGAUAUUCAUUUGACAAGCUCGUUCUGACACGCUUUGGAGAUGUUCAAGGGGGGAGGGAUAGCUCAGUGGUUUGAGCAUUGGCCUGCUAAACCCAGGGCUGUGAGUUCAAUCCUUGAGGGGGCCAUUUAGGGAUUUGGGGCAAAAAAUGGGGAUUGGUCCUGCUUUGAGCAGGGGGUUGGACUAGAUGGCCUCGUGAGGUCCCUUCCAACCCUGAUAUUCUGUGAUAAGUGGUCACUGAGAGGGCAUAAAUACCCCUUCCAGCAAGACUCAUUUUUUGCCCUUACCUCAUUCUCUUCCCCACCCCUGGAAAUUUGAACAUUUUUAAACCCUGCAAAAGAUUCAGUGGGAUAGUUUAAGUACUUGGAGAGCUUGUUUUAAAGCCUUAUCUGUACUGGAGAAAAUAAUAUGGAUUAUUGGGAAGGCAACAGUCAGUGUAACUUAUAUCUGAAAUUUGUAUGGAUAAACCCCAUGGCUCAACCAGUUGUGUAUCAGUGUAGACCCAGCCACAGUUGGUGCCCUGUCAACUGAUACUUAUCAGAGUUCACAAUACGCUCAGCUAGUGAAUGGUCCUCAGUUUGUUGAUUGUGAGUUUUCCCUCUCUGCCCUUGCUCGGCCCCCUCCCCACCUCUGGUUUCCUCACUUCCCAGAAGAGCCUCUGUAUGCUUUAGUAAUACCUCUGGCUCUGUAUGUCCUCAUCUGAUGAAGUACCUGUAGCUCAGUAGCUGAAACUGUACUCUGUAGCUUUUCUACUCACCUCCAGUAAUGUCCCCUGCUCUGACUAUGCCACUGCUUGCUUGUGGUUCAUCAGAGUGAGAAUGUCAGCCAUAAUGUGGGCCUGCCACAGGGAGAGUGGAGUUGGUCAAGGUGUUCUGUUAGCUUUGGAGUGUUAGGGAGAAUCUGGUACCUGAGGUAUUGUAAGGAGCGCAGCUACUAAUUGUGCUCUUGCUGCCUCUAGAGCUGGAGAAUCAUCCGUGGAUUGCAAUCUGAAGCAUUCACUCUGACAAACUACCUGUAGUUUGUUAGAGCAAGAGGAUUGACUGGUGAACCAUUAGUGACUCACUGAGUAGCAGAUAGAGGUGGAGGCAGUAGUGUAGGUGUUCUGUCCAAUAGUGGCAGUGGGAUGGGAGGUUAAUGGGGUUUAAGAAAUACAGCCUUAACUGGUGGUCGGUCACAAACUGAGGACCUUCAGAACAGGAGGGAGGGCAUGUCUCAGUGGCAUUUCUAUGGAGCAGGGUAUACUGAAAUCAUGAGGAAGGCGGAGAGGGGACUCUUUGUUGGCAAGUAAGGACAUGUGCUGUCUUAGGCAGCAGUCAAAGAUAACUGUCCACAUCUUUAUUUUAGGGCAGACUUCAUGUAAAUUCAAAUCAGUGCAGGUGGUUUUUGAUCUGCAAGGCCACAUUCAUUUACGAUUUGCCAUGAUGAAUGUGGACGCAAGGGCAAAACUUAAACCAGUUUAGGGAGGCGAGUGUGGACUCAAGUGUUGGUAUUUCCAUCAGUCCUGUAUGACCAGUUGAAGAGCAAUAACUGAUUGCUCUAGUGUAGACAAGCCCUUAUUUUUGGUGUGCUUUUUAUCAUUUUUAUGACCUGGUGGCUGCAUAGAAAAUUCAAAUCACACAGGAGAUCCUCCUCCCCCCCCCCAAAUCCAUUAAAGAUUAUGUGCUAAGGAAAAAUCUUACUUCCUGGUACAGGAACAACAUAUGUUGUAGAACAAUACAUAAUAUAUGAGGCUUGUGGAUUAUAUCCAUGCCAUAAAAUGCUUGUGUACGAAACCAUCAGGUCUGCUCUGUCUGUGUUGUAGAUGAUAAAACUUUAAAGAUGCCAUAUUGGUUUGGGGCUGGGGGAGGCGGGGAGAGGAGAGUUUGGGGAAAGAAGGUAGGAAUGUUGAGGUCUCUGGGAAAAAAUCCUUCCCAACAGAAGACUUCAUCCCAUAUUAUGUAACUCACCAGGGGUUGGAAAUCUGUUCUAGUUCAGCAAAAGACCACAAGUAAGGGGAAAUAUUUUCUUAGCUGCUUUGCCUUCCUUAGAUCCUUAAACUAUCUCAUAAAACCAUUGUACAGAUUCCUUCAAUACUUUCUUUGAAGUUCUGUGGGAGUAAUGGUCUGUAUUACAUCAGAAAAUUGUGAAUGCCUGGCAUUGACCUAUAAUGUGCAACUGCUGAUAGAUAAUAGUUGUCUCCUCAUUUGCAGUCCAUAUCUCCAAUUGUUAUUAAUUUUUAGAGGUUUGAAACUUGUAGGGACCUGUGCUCUCACUGCCACUUGAAAAUUGGAACAGUUGAACUGUCCUGUGAAUUUAAACUGUUCUGGAUCCACACAAAUAUUUUAAAAAUAAAACAAAUAGAUUAUAGUUUGAAAUGAGAUAUUGUUUCCUUUCAAAUAUCUGGCAGAUACAUUCAUGUCAAUAUGGCAUUAAUUGGAAACCAUGUUGGCAAUGUCAGCAGAGUUUUAAGUUUGAAUGGACAGGGAUACUAAACUAUAAACUCUUAUACCAGAGGUGUCAAAUAUAUAGCCUGUGGGCCACACCUUUCCCUUUUUAAUUUGACUGAUUUGUCAAUGACACUUCUGCAACAUUAAAUUUAAUUUCUGAUCACUUUUAAUGAGGAAGGCAGUGGGAAUUAUUGCUGUAGGUAUUGGGAAUUGCUGCAGGGAAUAAAGUAUAGAGGAAAGACUAGAGGAGGCUCUCAGACAAUGAAGGGGCAGAGAAAUAGAGUAAGGAGGAUAGGAAACAAAGAAAAGGCAGGAAUAGUUGUGGGCCUGAAAGGGAGCAUGUUUUCUGAGUGAGCUCUGGAUGUGAGAAUAAGGCAUGGAAUAGAAUAAAGAUAUGUAAAGCCACCUUCUUCCCGUGAUCUCUAUGGAAGCCUCCCAUAGACAUCAGAGGGCAUUCUGAAUAGUUAGCAGUCUGAAUGUAGCUCUCCCUUCUUUCUCUUGAAUUCUUGUUGAGGUAUUUUGGGGAAGCUUGCUCAGGUUAUAUGUUAUGAGGCUUAAAUAGAAAUAAGUUAAAAUCCUCUACUAUCUGGUCAUUUUAGUACUUGUGAAAAGGUAAGAGAAGGGAAAUUCUCCUCUUUAAGUAGGAAAGGCACUAAAGAAACUGACCAUGUUAACUACAGAAUGAGAGAUGUAUUUGGCAAUAUCCCAUAAGAUUAGCAGAUGAUAUACAAUUAGUAAAACAGAAUGAGAUAGACUGUUUACAACAGGUAGUAAAAGAUACAGUGAAAACCAGAACAGAAUGUAACAAAGAAAAUAAAAGAACUUGAAAGGUGGGGAAAGCUUGCUAUGCUUUCGUAAUCAAAAUUUGUCAUACUUAAUACUUCUCCAUAUCUAAACAUUUACAAUUACUUAGAGCAAAUUUAAGCCACAUAUGGCUAAGCUCCCUGGAAAAAAGUAUUUUAGAAAAAAAAUCCUAUCCUGCUCUGUUUGCUUGUUUUCCUGGUUAUUUCUCCUGUGUGUGUUUAUACAGUAAAAAUGGCCCUUCUUGGGUUGCUUUGUACUAUAGUACACAUUUCAUUUUAAAUAUAGCUUUAAUACUCAAGGAAAAUAGGAUAACAAUAAGGAAGAAAAGAAUAUUAUUAGAGAAUCCUUAACUUUAGGUUUAGUUUGGGCCCUGUAUAUAUCUCUGUGCAUAGACAAAUUUUUUAUUUAUUUUUUGACUGGGAAAGCUCUGCUUUAACAUUCUGUUGAACUAAACAUGGCUUAAUAAAAGCUUAUUACAAGACUAGCAUUGUAGGUAUUUAAUAUCAAAGUGCAAAUUUAAUAUUAGGAAAAAUCUAUUUUAUAUCAGAACAUCUUAAUAUAUUUGUGCAAAUUAAGUUUUUAGUACAUGUUUGUAUCUUGUAGAAAUUCUAAAAAAUAAGGAUAAUUCUAUAAUUUGAAAGGGGAGGAGGGCAGCUUUGAAACAUUUAGAGAAAAUCAGUAAACUCAUUGUCAGAACCUAGAAAUAAUACAAUUUUAAAGAUUUUUUUUAAAAAAAAAAUGUUUUUAUAAAAAUAGUUACUUGCACUUUACCUGCUGGCUUUUCAAUUUUGGUAGAUAACAUUCUGAACUCCAGCAGAGUUUUAUAAUCCCUAGUGCUUAAAUAUACUAAAUGUUCUUUUUCCAUUAAGGUUAAUGUUCGUGAAGAAAUUGAAGAGUUUUUUCCAAGAUUGUGGAAGAUAAAUCAAGAUAAAAGAAGGCUAAUGAAAAAUAUUAAAGAUCAGAAAAUUAAAAUUGAAUGGGGGAAAAAAUUGAACAGAAGAUUGGUCAGAUAGAAGCACUUGAAUGUUUUUUUAAGGCUAUAAUGAAUUGUUUGAAUUGGGGAAGAUACACGAAGUAUGAAAAAUGAAAAACUCAAUGAAGAAUGAAGAAAAGUAGAAAGCAAGAGUGAAGUAGAAUUAAAAGAAUCUGGAAGAAUGAAUGGGUCCUAGGUUAAGUAAAUGAGUCUCGCUCCCAGUCAAAAUCUCCAGCUGGGAGUCCUGCUCGUGUAAAAUCGGAGAGCAGGUCAGGAUCUCGUAGUCCAUCGAGGGCUUCCAAACAUUCUGAAUCGCACUCCCGGUCAAGGUCAAAAUCCAGGUCCAGAUCGAGAAGACAUUCGCACAGACGUUACACUCGCUCCAGGUCCCAUUCUCAUUCUCAUUCGCAUAGGAGACGAUCUCGAAGCAGAUCGUACACACCCGAAUAUCGUCGCCGAAGGAGCCGCAGUCAUUCUCCAAUGUCUAACCGAAGAAGGCACACUGGCAGCAGAGCUAAUCCAGAUCCUAACACAUGCCUUGGAGUGUUUGGUCUCAGUUUGUAUACCACUGAGCGAGACUUGCGUGAAGUCUUUUCCCGUUACGGACCUUUGAGUGGCGUCAAUGUGGUUUAUGAUCAGCGGACUGGACGAUCAAGAGGAUUCGCUUUUGUUUAUUUUGAGAGAAUAGACGAUUCUAAAGAGGCGAUGGAACAUGCAAAUGGCAUGGAGCUGGACGGCAGGAGGAUUCGCGUGGAUUACUCCAUCACCAAGAGAGCGCACACCCCCACCCCGGGCAUCUACAUGGGCAGGCCAACCCACAGCGGAGGUGGCGGCGGCGGUGGUGGUGGAGGAGCAGGUCGUCGUCGUGAUUCCUAUUACGACAGGGGAUAUGAUAGAGGAUAUGACAGAUAUGAAGAAUAUGACUACCGGUACAGGAGACGAUCACCUUCACCUUAUUAUAGCCGAUACCGAUCACGGUCAAGAUCCCGCUCCUAUAGCCCAAGACGCUACUGAAGAACGGAAGAAUUACAGUUGUGGACAUGAUUUUUAAAUAAAGUUCUGCCCUUAGCUUCCCUUUGGUCUCCCCCUCCUUUCCCCUCAAAUCUCUCUUAUAAGAUCUUUGGUUCAUUUAGAAGAUACAUAUUUUCAGUUGAAGUAUUGCUGUUUUCCACCCCCUUUUAUUGUAAUACUCUUAAAAUCGUAAUUGUUGUAGUUUUGUGUAGUUAAACAUCUUAAGCAAAACUAAAUAGAAAUCCCAAAGUGUUACUACAUUUUGUAAGUCAUUUUGUUUUUGUUUUUAAAACAGUUGUACUCCUGGCUAAUCUAAUGAGGAGAAGAGAGCAUUGAUGUUUUUUAAAGCUUGCAUGUUGUGUGUAAUAUACGCACUCAGCUACUUUAAUAUAAACCUGUGUUUCCAAAAAAUAACUUGUUAAUCUUUCUGUUAAUGCUUGGUUGUUAAUUUUGAAAAAUAAGUAACGUCUCCAAACCUUUUCUGUAAUGACAAAUUUCACUAGAUAGUCAUGAACCCGACAGGUUUUUUUUGGUUAAAUUGCUUUGAGUGUAAAAUAUUAAAGUGAUAGCAAAUUUUCAUAUUUGGUUUAACUUCUUUGGAAAAACAGAUUCUUGUACACUGAAGAUAAAAGUUGUGUUUUAUAGAUGAAAAGUUUCUAGACUGCUGCACAGUGGAUAACAUUUUAAGUUAAAACCAUACAAAUCUAACUGAUUUUUUUAAUUGAACUCAAAGUAGUGUUUCCCCUUAAUCAGUGCAGGAGAAAAAAUAUUUAUUGAACAUAGCAAUUAGUUAUAUAAUUUGCUGUUCAUACAAACUCAUGUUGGUAUUACAAUGAUGGUUAAGGAAGUUCUAGUUUUCAGUCCUUCUGGAGUUGCUGGUAUGGAUAGAAAAAUUACAGUUACAUAUAAACUUCUUCCUCAAAAUAAAGUUAAUUACACUGUAA